AUGGAAGGUUUGGACUUUAAUAGGAUUGGAGAUGAGGAAGCAGCUAGACUGGAUGAGGUAUUUUCAAAGGAUGAGGUCUUCUUGGCUCUCUCAGAUCUGAAAGGGGACAAGGCUCCGGGUCCAGAUGCUAACAAGCUUAAGAAGGUAGUGGGCAAAGUGGUGUCUUCAGCUCAAAACGCCUUUGUUGAAGGAAGACAGAUUCUCGAUGCUGCCCUUAUUGCCAAUGAGGCAAUAAACUCUUUGUUGAAACGAAACGAGAGUGGGGUGUUAUGUAAAUUGGACCUAGAGAAGGCAUACGAUCACAUAAACUGGAAUUUUUUGCUGUUUGUAGUGCAAAGCAUGGGAUUUGGGGAGAAGUGGACCGGGUGGAUCUCCUGGUGCAUCUCUACAGCAUCAUUUUCAGUCUUGGUCAAUGGCACUCCAGAAGGCUACUUCAACAGUUCAAAGGGGCUGCGUCAGGGGGACCCCCUUUCCCUUUAUCUUUUUGUGAUAGGAAUGGAGGCCCUUAGUAGGCUCAUCCUUAGAGCAGUGGGGGGGAGGGUUCCUUUCAGGCUGUAG